CCAAACAAAGUGAAACAUUCUGUCUUGUUCAAUUCGUACAAUCUGGGUCUUGUCCUAAUCUCGUACCCUGAUUAAUGCCCAUUUUUUGAUUAAUGGUUUUUGCGCCGCCACAGAUAUGGGGGCUCAGAAGAGCAUCCAUGCAGGCAAAGCCAAGAUAGAUGUGAAUGUUGAUUUCACUCAAAAGCUAUGUGCUUCUAUGAUUCUUCCUUCUUUGAGAGACACUGGAAGGGGUAGUCCUCUCUCUCUUGUAAUUGGCAGUCUUUGCAUCAAACAUCCAAACUUAUUUGGUGGAAGUGAGAAGCUUGAUGUAACGUUGGAUAAGGGCUUAUAUGAUUCAAACAUAUUGGUGGCUUAUAGGAGGCCAGGACCCCAAUGGCUUUCCCAAAAAUGUUUUGUCAUUCAGCAUUCACUUUCACCUGAGAUAGGGGUCCAUGGUACACCAUUGGACAAUUUCUCUCGUUCAGGAAGUGGAGGUGUGAAUUUGUCUAGAUUCUCAGUUGGGUUGGAUCUAAAUGAGCCUGCAAGUUCUAAAUGGAGUAGCACGAGUAGCAUAAAAUUUGAGCAUGUUCGCCCCGUGAAUGAUGAUGGCCGCUCUAUGACUAGGGAUCUGGAUGGGUUUCCUGUGACUUGCAGUGGCAAUGCCCAUGAUAGUAUGCUAGUCUUAAAGCAAGAGUCUAGAUAUGCAAAAGCAGAUGAUCAUAGUUUUUCUCGUUUUAGCAUACAAAUAGAGCAGGGUAUCCCUGUUUGGUCUAAGUGGUUAAUCUUCAAUCGCUUCAAAUUUCUGGCAUCAAAUGGUGUCAAGCUUGGACCUGCCUUUCUCUUGACAAGCCUGACAGUUGGUUCCAUUGUUGGAGACAUGGCUCCUUAUCAAGCAUUUGCAGUUGGUGGUCUUGGUAGCGUGCGGGGGUAUGGAGAAGGAGCUGUUGGAUCUGGGAGAUCAUGUCUAGUUGCUAAUACUGAAGUGACAUUCCCUUUGAGCAACAUGUUGGAUGGCUCUCUUUUCCUGGAUUGUGGAACUGAUUUGGGGUCUGGUCGUCAUGUUCCUGGAAAUCCAGCACUAAGACAGGGCAAACCGGGAUGUGGAGUUGGGGCUGGAUAUGGAAUUCGCUUCAAGUCUCCAUUUGGUCACUUUCAGAUUGACUAUGCCAUCAACGCGUUUCAACAGAAAACUGUGUACUUUGGCAUCACCAACCUUGCUUCAUGAGUGGCUUGAGCAAUAAGUUGCCUAAUUCUUGCUCUACCCAUUUCCAUUCUGUGGAAGAUGUCAAUUCAGGAAGAUAAAUGGAAAAGAAAAGAACAAGAUGGAGGGUGCACCGCCCAUGGUAUGAGGAUAAAUCCUUUUUUCUCCGAAGACUAUUGGAGUUGCAUGUUUCUUGAGAAGUACUUCAAGCUGCAUAGUACGAGGAUAUAUACAAGGGCUUUUUCUCUUGUCUAGCAUCAAUCGACUUGCAAAAUCACAAAGUGCAGGAAAUUUCGUAGUCUCAUUCUAUUUUAUAAAAUAUUGCAUUUUUUCAUGGAAAUAAGUAAGCAAAUGGCAAAAAGUUUAUGUACAACAGACAAAUAAGAAUGGGUUAAUACCCCAUAUUUUCCGAAGUGUAUGUUCCUUUUCAAAGAGGAUGUUCGCAAUUUUGAUUUUGUAGAUGAAGCUAACAGAAUACUUCAUAUGAUGACAAUCUUUCUCCAGUUCUAAAUUUAUGGAU